CAAAUCUGAGAGAAGCAAUGAAAGGAGGAAGGAAGAAUCUGAAGAGGGCUGUGGAGGAACAGAGCUUAACCCUCAGCGAUGGCCACUCUAUAAUGCAAGUGCUUUCUCUACGUGGUUCUAAUCUCAUAGAGGUUGAUUUUGAUUGUGCUUUACUUAUUUGAAGGUAAUGGAUGCUCAAGGAGAGAAAUCUUUGGCAUUGUUUCCGGCUAAGUUUUCGAAGAGCAUGUGGAUAAAACGAGGCAGUUUUGUUGUGGUUGAUGCAAGUGAAAAGGACAAGGUUCUUGAAUCAGGCGGCAAAGUGGCAUGUAUUGUUUCCCAAGUUCUGUUUUUCGAACAAGUUCGUGCACUUCGGAAAUCACCAGAUUGGCCAGAAAUCUUCAAAUCCACUGUUUCGGAUGAGCCAUGUGGAAGUUUGAAGGGACACACCUCUAAACAAGAAGAGAAUGAGAAUGACAAUGAGGAUGACUCUAGCGAUGAUGAUGGACUUCCUCCAUUAGAAGCCAACAUGAACAGGAUGAGACCAUCUGAAUGGCAAUCAGAGGCAGAAUCGGAUUCGGAUACAGAUUCAGGACCUGAUUCUUGAAUUACUGUAGUAGACAAACAAAUCUGUGGAAUGGAAUGGAAAGAACAGUUUCAAAUCUUGUGGCCCCAAUUUUUGUUGAAAUGACUGUAUUUACUCAAAAUCAUGUACUAAAGAUACUAACACAGCUGAUAGCACACGACAUUUAUAUAUCCAUGCAUCACCUUUUAUGUAUUGCCUAUGUAUACAGAUCUUCAAAAGUCAUGAUUUUCUGUAUUGGUCAUUUAGUACUAGUGAAUGCUUAAUAUCAGAAAGCGUUGAAUGCAGAAAAAGUAAA